AUGUCAUCGUUGAUCAUCAAUAGAUCACGAAGCAGAGCUGUCCUACUCUGGAAAACCCAUGUAAUCAAAAUCGCAAGUAUUUUCUCCCACGCGUUUGCAGAUUCAGAUUCGGCUUCUGGGUUCUCCUCAGAUUCAGCAAGAAGCUUCAAAACUACAUCUUCUGGAUUCGGAUCUAGAAAAAUUAGCAACUUGGCUUUUUCCAGAAGCAAUUUCGUCUCCACGACUCGACCAUUGAGCUCAGAAGCUGUACAUGUUGCUUCGACUUGUGACCGACUUACGGUGGAACGAAUCAUAGCUAACCAAUGGCCGAUUUUAGACGAAAACGAGAGUGAUUGGAAGAGCCACGCUGCAGCAAUUGCACAGUCCAUUCAAGUCAUCAAGAGACGCUUGCAGUGGAAAAAACUGUUGGUGAGGCUUAGAAUGUUAUCUGUCGAGUUGAAUAAGCCUCAUCUCUGGGAUGAUCCAACUCAUGCUGGUAAGAUAAGCCGAGAGCACGGUUCGCUCACAGGGAAAAUGAAAGGCGUUAUGACGUUUGAGAGAGAGUUGCUUGAACACAUUGACAUGUUAAAACUAGCUAAAGAGGAGAAGGACUCGGAGUUAGAAUCGGAAACUAUGAGUGCAUUGAUGGAAAUGAGAAGGGUUUCAAAAGAGAAAGAACUUGAGGCUUUAUUAUCUGCUGAGAAUGAUCAUUGUUCCUGCUACAUCGAGGUUCAAGCUGGAGCUGGAGGAACCGAGAGCAACGAUUGGGCAUCAAUGGUAAUGGACAUGUACAAAACAUGGGCUCAACGACGCAAAUUCUCUGUCGCUGUGGUCGACGAAAUGCCUGGGGAGAUGGCAGGAAUCAAGCGUGCGACAAUCAAAGUGAAUGGUGAAUACGCUUAUGGAUAUGCGAAAGCAGAAGUUGGAGUUCAUAGGCUGGUGCGUAUAUCACCGUUUGAUAGUGGAAAACGAAGGCACACAUCGUUUGCUGCGGUUGCGGUGAUUCCGAUUCUAGGUGACGGGUCGACCCGAGUGCAGAUCAAUGACUCGGAUCUCCGGAUAGAGCGGUUCCGUUCUGGAGGAGCUGGUGGACAGCAUGCUAACACGACGGACAGUGCUGUAAGAAUCAUUCACAUACCAACUGGCAUAACAGCAACUUGUCAGAAUGAAAGGUCGCAGCAUAUGAACAAGGCUUCAGCAAUGGCAGUGCUACAGUCACGACUAGACCAACUAGAAAUGGCUCGUCAGACAGCAAUGAAUGCGCAACAUACACAAUCACUAACCGAGAUCAGCUGGGGAAAUCAGAUAAGAACUUAUGUUCUUCAUCCAUACAGAAUGGUGAAGGAUCUGAGAACAAACUACGAAGUCUCUGAUCCUGACUCAGUUCUUGAAGGAGAUUUGGAUGGUUUCAUAUUGAGCUUCUUAUCUUCUUCUUUGGACAAAGGUGAUGAUGAAAAUUAAGGUUUUUGAAUCUUGAGCUGUCCCUGCCGCUUUAGUAGUUAGAUAGUAUUAAGAGAAUUGUAUUACAAAACUCGGAAACUCACUCGUUCAUUGUUUUCGGAAGGCUUAAGUUUGUAAUCUUUAUACUCAAAUAUUUCUUCUACAAUUUGUAUCAAACCUUUUAAAUAUUCUUGUAAACAAUAUUGAGAAAUUCUCUCAGUUUUUUAAUUUA